GACCUUUCUUUUUAUCAACUUCAUUUGUCUUCCAAGUAUGGAGAAUUCUAGAGGCAAGGAGAGAACCGCCACAGGAUGGUCGAGGGAAGAAGAACAGUGGGCAUUAUCUCAACCAAGCACAUCUUUACCAAGAACAUCAGAAAAGGAGGGGAACAAACGAAAAAGAUCUAUGAAAGAUGAUAAAGUUUCCUGUCCUAAGGAAAGGGGACAGUGUGAUGGCAACCCAAAACCUCGGAAGAAGGUACCAAUUCCUCCGUUACCUGUAGAUCUGCCACCCAUCGACCUGGUGCACAGAGACAUUUUGCGGGCCUGGGGUCAAAAGCUGAGGUUAAGCACUAAAGGCCCGAAAAUAGAUCUGUAUAAGCGACUAUGUGAAUAUGCUUACCCACACCAGAAGGCUAUUCCCAACACAGCAAAGGAGGUCAAGAUCAAAACAUCCUUACAAAUAAAAUCAAAGGUGGGCAAAGAGGAAACAUCCCAGGAAAAUGCUAAGAAAACAGUGUGUUCCGCGGGGACCGACCCCCCUGAAGUGGCUCCUCCACUCCAGGAGGGCGUACCUGUGCUCCUGGAGGACGUGAAUACAGUUGAGGUGACAACUUCUGCCCCAGAGGCUGUGCUGGCCUCUUGGGCCAGAAUUGUCGCUGGUGCUGGGAAGAGGAAGGCAGUGGAAACACCCCCAGAGGCCUCCGGUGACAGAUGGUGUGUGGUCCAUGGGAAAAGUCUCCCUGCAAAUACACAUGGUUGGGUUCAGCUGCAGUUUCAUGCAGGACAAGCUUGGGUUCCUGAGAAGAAAAAAGGAAGAGUGAGUGCACUCUUCUUGCUUCCUGCAAGUAAUUUCCCACCCCCAUACCUGGAGGACAAUAUGCUGUGCCCUGAGUGUGUCCACAGGAAUAAAAUCUUAUCAAAAAGCCUCCAAUGGGACUAG